AUGGCAUCUCAAGUUUCAUGGAUUGGAUUGGGGAACAUGGGCAGGGGGAUGUGCAAAAACAUCAUUGAAAAAGGCUCCCUUAAGUCUCCUCUGAUUGUCUACAACCGUACCGCUGCGCGUGCCCAUUCUCUCGUCGAGUCCUUCCCCAAGGGCAAAGCUACUGUCGCUACCACCAUUGCCGAUGCCGUGAAGCCAGCGGAUCUUAUCUUCAUCUGUGUCGGUGACGAUGCCGCCUCUGACAAUGUUAUCAAGGAGGCUAUAGAGUCCGGCGAUGUCAAGGGGAAGCUCUUCGUCGACUGCUCGACCGUCCACCCAGACACGACCCGAAAGACCUCUCAGACUCUUACGGAGAAGGGAGCUUCCUUCGUCUCUUGCCCAGUCUUUGGUGCCCCGGCGUUCGCUGAUGCCGGACAGCUCGUCAGUGUGUUGGCUGGAAAGAAGGAAGACGUGGACAAGGUCAAGCCUUUCACUACGGGCGUGACCAGUCGCACCAUUAUCGACCUGUCCGACCAGGAGAUUGGAAGAGCGAGCAUGCUCAAGGUCCUUGGAAACUCUUUCAUUCUAAGCACCAUCGAGACCCUCUCUGAGGGCCUGGUCCUGGCUGAGAAGUCUGGUCUUGGUACCGACACCUACCACCAGUGGCUGGAGCUCUUCUUCCCCGGAGCGUUCCCGAAAUACUCGACCCGCAUGACUUCUGGUGACUACUACCAGAGAGAAUACCCACUGUUCGCGGUCGACUUGGCUCGGAAAGAUCUGCGUCACGCGUUGAGCUUGGCCAGCUCUUCCGGCGUGCAUCUGCCUAGUGCGGAGGUCGCGGAUGGUCUUUUGAAGGAAGUCAAGGAGCAUGAUGGCGAGAAGGGCGAUGUCGCAGGUAUUUACGGUGCGCUUCGACAGCACUCUGGUUUGAAGUAUGAGAAUCAGUGA